AUGCGCACAUUAAAGGAUACUGAGCUGAACGGAUAUUUCAUCCCAAAACAUUCUCGAGUUCUUGCAGUCCUAUAUGCAGUUCAUCAUGAUAAGAAACUCUGGGGAAACGAUACUGACGUGUUCCGACCUGAAAGAUUUUUGAGUGAAAAUGGAAAAAAAGUUGUUAAGCCUGAUUACUACAUUCCUUUUUCUAUUGGAAAACGAUCCUGUCCUGGAAAAUCACUCGCAGAAGUGGAAGUAUUCUUAUACGUAACAGCAAUACUACAAAAAUUCGAUGUUUUCAUGCCACCAGGAAAAGUACCGGAUCUUGAAGGUGUCCUCGGAAUAACAUUGCAACCUAAAAGACAGGAAUUAAUUUUCAAAUUAAGGCAAUAAAGGAAUCUAUAUUUUAAAAGUUUAUGGCUUAGCCUCUCAAUUUGAUCAAACGGUGUACAAGCAAUGAAGAUGUAGACUUUAGUGGAACAGAUAACUUGGAUCGCCAUGACAGUAAAUUUACUGAGUUUUUAGCAUAAUUUAUUGAUAUGGACGAGGAAUUAGUUAGCAAAAUAAAAAUUUUAAUUUUGCCUUUC